AUGUGCUUGCCAUGUGCUUACUGCCUCCCAUGUGCUUACCUGCCUCCCAUGUGCUUACUGCCUCCCAUGUGCCUUACUGCCUCCCAUGUGCUUACUGCCUCCCAUGUGCUUACUGCCUCCCAUGUGCUUACUGCCUCCCAUGUGCUUACUGCCUCCCAUGUGCUUACUGCCUCCCAUGUGCUUACUGCCUCCCAUGUGCUUACUGCCUCCCAUGUGCUUACUGCCUCCCAUGUGCUUACUGCCUCCCAUGUGCUUACUGCCUCCCAUGUGCUUACUGCCUCCCAUAGUGCUUACUGCCUCCCAUGUGCUUACUGCCUCCCAUGUGCUUACUGCCUCCCAUGUGCUUACUGCCUCCCAUGUGCUUACUGCCUCCCAUGUGCUUACUGCCUCCCAUGUGCUUACUGCCUCCCAUGUGCUUACUGCCUCCCAUGUGCUUACUGCCUCCCAUGUGCUUACUGCCCUCCCAUGUGCUUACUGCCUCCCAUGUGCUUACUUGCCUCCAUGUGCUUACUGCCUCCCAUGUUGCUUACUGCCUCCCAUGUGCUUACUGCCUCCCAUGUGCUUACUGCCUCCCAUGUGCUUACUGCCUCCCAUGUGCUUACUGCCUCCCAUGUGCUUACUGCCUCCCAUGUGCUUACUGCCUCCCAUGUGCUUACUGCCUCCCAUGUGCUUACUGCCUCCCAUGUGCUUACUGCCUCCCAUGUGCUUACUGCCUCCCAUGUGCUUACUGCCUCCCAUGUGCUUACUGCCUCCCAUGUGCUUACUGCCUCCCAUGUGCUUACUGCCUCCCAUGUGCUUACUGCCUCCCAUGUGCUUACUGCCUCCCAUGUGCUUACUGCCUCCCAUGUGCUUACUGCCUCCCAUGUGCUUACUGCCUCCCAUGUGCUUACUGCCUCCCAUGUGCUUACUGCCUCCCAUGUGCUUACUGCCUCCCAUGUGCUUACUGCCUCCCAUGUGCUUACUGCCUCCCAUGUGCUUACUGCCUCCCAUGUGCUUACUGCCUCCCAUGUGCUUACUGCCUCCCAUGUGCUUACUGCCUCCCAUGUGCUUACUGCCUCCCAUGUGCUUACUGCCUCCCAUGUGCUUACUGCCUCCCAUGUGCUUACUGCCUCCCAUGUGCUUACUGCCUCCCAUGUGCUUACUGCCUCCCAUGUGCUUACUGCCUCCCAUGUGCUUACUGCCUCCCAUGUGCUUACUGCCUCCCAUGUGCUUACUGCCUCCCAUGUGCUUACUGCCUCCCAUGUGCUUACUGCCUCCCAUGUGCUUACUGCCUCCCAUGUGCUUACUGCCUCCCAUGUGCUUACUGCCUCCCAUGUGCUUACUGCCUCCCAUGUGCUUACUGCCUCCCAUGUGCUUACUGCCUCCCAUGUGCUUACUGCCUCCCAUGUGCUUACUGCCUCCCAUGUGCUUACUGCCUCCCAUGUGCUUACUGCCUCCCAUGUGCUUACUGCCUCCCAUGUGCUUACUGCCUCCCAUGUGCUUACUGCCUCCCAUGUGCUUACUGCCUCCCAUGUGCUUACUGCCUCCCAUGUGCUUACUGCCUCCCAUGUGCUUACUGCCUCCCAUGUGCUUACUGCCUCCCAUGUGCUUACUGCCUCCCAUGUGCUUACUGCCUCCCAUGUGCUUACUGCCUCCCAUUGUGCUUACUGCCUCCCAUGUGCUUACCUGCCUCCCAUGUGCUUACUGCCUCCCAUGUGCUUACUGCCUCCCAUGUGCUUACUGCCUCCCAUGUGCUUACUGCCUCCCAUGUGCUUACUGCCUCCCAUGUGGCUUACUGCCUCCCAUGUGCUUACUGCCUCCCAUGUGCUUACUGCCUCCCAUGUGCUUACUGCCUCCCAUGUGCUUACUGCCUCCCAUGUGCUUACUGCCUCCCAUGUGCUUACUGCCUCCCAUGUGCUUACCUCCUCCCAUGUGCUUACUGCCUCCCAUGUGCUUACUGCCUCCCAUGUGCUUUACUGCCUCCCAUGUGCUUACUGCCUCCCAUGUGCUUCUACUGCCUCCCAUGUGCUUACUGCCUCCCAUGUGCUUACUGCCUCCCAUGUGCUUACUGCCUCCCAUGUGCUUACUGCCUCCCAUGUGCUUACUGCCUCCAUGUGCUUACUGCCUCCCAUGUGCUUACUGCCUCCCAUGUGCUUACUGCCUCCCAUGUGCUUACUGCCUCCCAUGUGCUUACUGCCUCCCAUGUGCUUACUGCCUCCCAUGUGCUUACUGCCUCCCAUGUGCUUACUGCCUCCCAUGUGCUUACUGCCUCCCAUGUGCUUACUGCCUCCCAUGUGCUUACUGCCUCCCAUGUGCUUACUGCCUCCCAUGUGCUUACUGCCUCCCAUGUGCUUACUGCCUCCCAUGUGCUUACUGCCUCCCAUGUGCUUACUGCCUCCCAUGUGCUUACUGCCUCCCAUGUGCUUACUGCCUCCCAUGUGCUUACUGCCUCCCAUGUGCUUACUGCCUCCCAUGUGCUUACUGCCUCCCAUGUGCUUACUGCCUCCCAUGUGCUUACUGCCUCCCAUGUGCUUACUGCCUCCCAUGUGCUUACUGCCUCCCAUGUGCUUACUGCCUCCCAUGUGCUUACUGCCUCCCAUGUGCUUACUGCCUCCCAUGUGCUUACUGCCUCCCAUGUGCUUACUGCCUCCCAUGUGCUUACUGCCUCCCAUGUGCUUACUGCCUCCCAUGUGCUUACUGCCUCCCAUGUGCUUACUGCCUCCCAUGUGCUUACUGCCUCCCAUGUGCUUACUGCCUCCCAUGUGCUUACUGCCUCCCAUGUGCUUACUGCCUCCCAUGUGCUUACUGCCUCCCAUGUGCUUACUGCCUCCCAUGUGCUUACUGCCUCCCAUGUGCUUACUGCCUCCCAUGUGCUUACUGCCUCCCAUGUGCUUACUGCCUCCCAUGUGCUUACUGCCUCCCAUGUGCUUACUGCCUCCCAUGUGCUUACUGCCUCCCAUGUGCUUACUGCCUCCCAUGUGCUUACUGCCUCCCAUGUGCUUACUGCCUCCCAUGUGCUUACUGCCUCCCAUGUGCUUACUGCCUCCCAUGUGCUUACUGCCUCCCAUGUGCUUACUGCCUCCCAUGUGCUUACUGCCUCCCAUGUGCUUACUGCCUCCCAUGUGCUUACUGCCUCCCAUGUGCUUACUGCCUCCCAUGUGCUUACUGCCUCCCAUGUGCUUACUGCCUCCCAUGUGCUUACUGCCUCCCAUGUGCUUACUGCCUCCCAUGUGCUUACUGCCUCCCAUGUGCUUACUGCCUCCCAUGUGCUUACUGCCUCCCAUGUGCUUACUGCCUCCCAUGUGCUUACUGCCUCCCAUGUGCUUACUGCCUCCCAUGUGCUUACUGCCUCCCAUGUGCUUACUGCCUCCCAUGUGCUUACUGCCUCCCAUGUGCUUACUGCCUCCCAUGUGCUUACUGCCUCCCAUGUGCUUACUGCCUCCCAUGUGCUUACUGCCUCCCAUGUGCUUACUGCCUCCCAUGUGCUUACUGCCUCCCAUGUGCUUACUGCCUCCCAUGUGCUUACUGCCUCCCAUGUGCUUACUGCCUCCCAUGUGCUUACUGCCUCCCAUGUGCUUACUGCCUCCCAUGUGCUUACUGCCUCCCAUGUGCUUACUGCCUCCCAUGUGCUUACUGCCUCCCAUGUGCUUACUGCCUCCCAUGUGCUUACUGCCUCCAUGUGCUUACUGCCUCCCAUGUGCUUACUGCCUCCCAUGUGCUUACUGCCCUCCCAUGUGCUUACUGCCUCCCAUGUGCUUACUGCCUCCCAUGUGCUUACUGCCUCCCAUGUGCUUACUGCCUCCAUGUGCUUACUGCCAUCCCAUGUGCUUACUUGCCUCCCAUGUGCUUACUGCCUCCCAUGUGCUUACUGCCUCCCAUGUGCUUACUGCCUCCCAUGUGCUUACUGCCUCCCAUGUGCUUACUGCCUCCCAUGUGCUUCUGCCUCCCAUGUGCUUACUGCCUCACCAUGUGCUUACUUGCCUCCCAUGUGCUUACUGCCUCCCAUGUGCUUACUGCCUCCGCAUGUGCUUACUGCCUCCCAUGUGCUUACUGCCUCCCAUGUGCUUACUGCCUCCCAUGUGCUUACUUACUGCCUCCCAUGUGCUUACUGGCCUCCCAUGUGCUUACUGCCUCCAUGUGCUUACUGCCGUCCCAUGUGCUUACUGCCUCCCAUGUGCUUACUGCCUCCCAUGUGCUUACUGCCUCCCAUGUGCUUACUGCCUCCCAUGUGCUUACUGCCUCCCAUGUGCUUACUGCCUCCCAUGUGCUUACUGCCUCCCAUGUGCUUACUGCCUCCCAUGUGCUUACUGCCUCCCAUGUGCUUACUGCCUCCCAUGUGCUUACUGCCUCCCAUGUGCUUACUGCCUCCCAUGUGCUUACUGCCUCCCAUGUGCUUACUGCCUCCCAUGUGCUUACUGCCUCCCAUGUGCUUACUGCCUCCCAUGUGCUUACUGCCUCCCAUGUGCUUACUGCCUCCCAUGUGCUUACUGCCUCCCAUGUGCUUACUGCCUCCCAUGUGCUUACUGCCUCCCAUGUGCUUACUGCCUCCCAUGUGCUUACUGCCUCCCAUGUGCUUACUGCCUCCCAUGUGCUUACUGCCUCCCAUGUGCUUACUGCCUCCCAUGUGCUUACUGCCUCCCAUGUGCUUACUGCCUCCCAUGUGCUUACUGCCUCCCAUGUGCUUACUGCCUCCCAUGUGCUUACUGCCUCCCAUGUGCUUACUGCCUCCCAUGUGCUUACUGCCUCCCAUGUGCUUACUGCCUCCCAUGUGCUUACUGCCUCCCAUGUGCUUACUGCCUCCCAUGUGCUUACUGCCUCCCAUGUGCUUACUGCCUCCCAUGUGCUUACUGCCUCCCAUGUGCUUACUGCCUCCCAUGUGCUUACUGCCUCCCAUGUGCUUACUGCCUCCCAUGUGCUUACUGCCUCCCAUGUGCUUACUGCCUCCCAUGUGCUUACUGCCUCCCAUGUGCUUACUGCCUCCCAUGUGCUUACUGCCUCCCAUGUGCUUACUGCCUCCCAUGUGCUUACUGCCUCCCAUGUGCUUACUGCCUCCCAUGUGCUUACUGCCUCCCAUGUGCUUACUGCCUCCCAUGUGCUUACUGCCUCCCAUGUGCUUACUGCCUCCCAUGUGCUUACUGCCUCCCAUGUGCUUACUGCCUCCCAUGUGCUUACUGCCUCCCAUGUGCUUACUGCCUCCCAUGUGCUUACUGCCUCCCAUGUGCUUACUGCCUCCCAUGUGCUUACUGCCUCCCAUGUGCUUACUGCCUCCCAUGUGCUUACUGCCUCCCAUGUGCUUACUGCCUCCCAUGUGCUUACUGCCUCCCAUGUGCUUACUGCCUCCCAUGUGCUUACUGCCUCCCAUGUGCUUACUGCCUCCCAUGUGCUUACUGCCUCCCAUGUGCUUACUGCCUCCCAUGUGCUUACUGCCUCCCAUGUGCUUACUGCCUCCCAUGUGCUUACUGCCUCCCAUGUGCUUACUGCCUCCCAUGUGCUUACUGCCUCCCAUGUGCUUACUGCCUCCCAUGUGCUUACUGCCUCCCAUGUGCUUACUGCCUCCCAUGUGCUUACUGCCUCCCAUGUGCUUACUGCCUCCCAUGUGCUUACUGCCUCCCAUGUGCUUACUGCCUCCCAUGUGCUUACUGCCUCCCAUGUGCUUACUGCCUCCCAUGUGCUUACUGCCUCCCAUGUGCUUACUGCCUCCCAUGUGCUUACUGCCUCCCAUGUGCUUACUGCCUCCCAUGUGCUUACUGCCUCCCAUGUGCUUACUGCCUCCCAUGUGCUUACUGCCUCCCAUGUGCUUACUGCCUCCCAUGUGCUUACUGCCUCCCAUGUGCUUACUGCCUCCCAUGUGCUUACUGCCUCCCAUGUGCUUACUGCCUCCCAUGUGCUUACUGCCUCCCAUGUGCUUACUGCCUCCCAUGUGCUUACUGCCUCCCAUGUGCUUACUGCCUCCCAUGUGCUUACUGCCUCCCAUGUGCUUACUGCCUCCCAUGUGCUUACUGCCUCCCAUGUGCUUACUGCCUCCCAUGUGCUUACUGCCUCCCAUGUGCUUACUGCCUCCCAUGUGCUUACUGCCUCCCAUGUGCUUACUGCCUCCCAUGUGCUUACUGCCUCCCAUGUGCUUACUGCCUCCCAUGUGCUUACUGCCUCCCAUGUGCUUACUGCCUCCCAUGUGCUUACUGCCUCCCAUGUGCUUACUGCCUCCCAUGUGCUUACUGCCUCCCAUGUGCUUACUGCCUCCCAUGUCGCUUACUGCCUCCCAUGUGGCUUACUGCCUCCCAUGUGCUUACUGGCCUCCCAUGUGCUUACUGCCUCCCAUGUGCUUACUGCCUCCCAUGUGCUUACUGCCUCCCAUGUGCUUACUGCCUCCUAUGUGCUUACUGCCUCCCAUGUGCUUACUGCCUCCCAUGUGCUUACUGCCUCCAUGUGCUUACUGCCUCCCAUGUGCUUACUGCCUCCCAUGUGCUUACUGCCUCCCAUGUGCUUACUGCCUCCCAUGUGCUUACUGCCUCCCAUGUGGCUUACUGCCUCCCAUGUGCUUACUGCCUCCCAUGUGCUUACUGCCUCCCAUGUGCUACUGCCUCCCAUGUGCUUACUGCCUCCCAUGUGCUUACUGCCUCCCAUGUGCUUACUGCCUCCCAUGUGCUUACUGCCUCCCAUGUGCUUACUGCCUCCCAUGUGCUUACUGCCUCCCAUGUGCUUACUGCCUCCCAUGUGCUUACUGCCUCCCAUGUGCUUACUGCCUCCCAUGUGCUUACUGCCUCCCAUGUGCUUACUGCCUCCCAUGUGCUUACUGCCUCCCAUGUGCUUACUGCCUCCCAUGUGCUUACUGCCUCCCAUGUGCUUACUGCCUCCCAUGUGCUUACUGCCUCCCAUGUGCUUACUGCCUCCCAUGUGCUUACUGCCUCCCAUGUGCUUACUGCCUCCCAUGUGCUUACUGCCUCCCAUGUGCUUACUGCCUCCCAUGUGCUUACUGCCUCCCAUGUGCUUACUGCCUCCCAUGUGCUUACUGCCUCCCAUGUGCUUACUGCCUCCCAUGUGCUUACUGCCUCCCAUGUGCUUACUGCCUCCCAUGUGCUUACUGCCUCCCAUGUGCUUACUGCCUCCCAUGUGCUUACUGCCUCCCAUGUGCUUACUGCCUCCCAUGUGCUUACUGCCUCCCAUGUGCUUACUGCCUCCCAUGUGCUUACUGCCUCCCAUGUGCUUACUGCCUCCCAUGUGCUUACUGCCUCCCAUGUGCUUACUGCCUCCCAUGUGCUUACUGCCUCCCAUGUGCUUACUGCCUCCCAUGUGCUUACUGCCUCCCAUGUGCUUACUGCCUCCCAUGUGCUUACUGCCUCCCAUGUGCUUACUGCCUCCCAUGUGCUUACUGCCUCCCAUGUGCUUACUGCCUCCCAUGUGCUUACUGCCUCCCAUGUGCUUACUGCCUCCCAUGUGCUUACUGCCUCCCAUGUGCUUACUGCCUCCCAUGUGCUUACUGCCUCCCAUGUGCUUACUGCCUCCCAUGUGCUUACUGCCUCCCAUGUGCUUACUGCCUCCCAUGUGCUUACUGCCUCCCAUGUGCUUACUGCCUCCCAUGUGCUUACUGCCUCCCAUGUGCUUACUGCCUCCCAUGUGCUUACUGCCUCCCAUGUGCUUACUGCCUCCCAUGUGCUUACUGCCUCCCAUGUGCUUACUGCCUCCCAUGUGCUUACUGCCUCCCAUGUGCUUACUGCCUCCCAUGUGCUUACUGCCUCCCAUGUGCUUACUGCCUCCCAUGUGCUUACUGCCUCCCAUGUGCUUACUGCCCUCCCAUGUGCUUACUGCCUCCCAUGUGCUUACUGCCUCCCAUGUGCUUACGGCCUCCCAUGUGCUUACUGCCUCCAUUUACCCCAUUGCUUACUGCCUCCAUGUGCUUACUGCCUCCCAUGUGCUUACUGCCUCCAUGUGCUUACUGCCUCCCAUGUGCUUACUGCCUCCCAUGUGCUUACUGCCUCCCAUGUGCUUACUGCCCUCCCAUGUGCUUACUGCCUCCCAUGUGCUUACUGCCUCCCAUGUGCUUACUGCCUCCAUGUGCUUACUGCCUCCCAUGUGCUUACUGCCUCCCAUGUGCUUACUGCCUCCCAUGUGCUUACUGCCUCCCAUGUGCUUACUGCCUCCCAUGUGCUUACUGCCUCCCAUGUGCUUACUGCCUCCCAUGUGCUUACUGCCUCCCAUGUGCUUACUGCCUCCCCAUGUGCUUACUGCCUCCCAUGUGCUUAA